AUGCCUUUUGAAAGAAUCACCACUUGCCUCUGGUUCCAGGACCAAGCUGAAGAGGCAGCAAACUACUAUGUCACGACCUUCGCUCCCUACUCCAAAAUCAACACUACCCAACGCAACACCCUACCUAGUCAAGAGACUGAAAGAGUCAUGGCCGUCGAGUUUGAGCUUCAAGGUCGCACUUUUGUCGCCCUCAACGGCGGAGCAGUCCCUUGGCAGUUCAACGAGGCCAUUUCCAUGGUGGUCAACUGCAAAGAUCAGGCCGAAGUCGACUACUACUGGGAGAAGCUCAGUAAGAAUGGCGAUGCUUCCCGUCAACAGUGUGGAUGGUUGGCGGACAAGUAUGGUGUUUCUUGGCAGAUUGUGCCCACUGCGUUUAAGGAAAUGAUGUGUUCGGGGGACAAGGCGGGUGUGGGGAGGUUGACUGCGGCUAUGAUGAAGAUGAAGAAGUUUGAUAUCGCAGAGUUGGAAAAGGCAUUCAAAGGAUGA